UCAUGAUGCUGAACAGCCACUGUAAUUGAAUCAUUUGGUGCUUAAUUAGUUUUGGCCUCUUGAUUCAGAGCUGGAUUAAGCUGAUUUAAUAAUUUACGCAUGGAUAAAAUGGUCUAUAAGGUUAUGUCACAUCGAUAUGGUGUAUACUUGAUUUUUUAAAAUCCUGCUCAGACUGUUCUUUGAACAAUGCCUCUCAGUGGCUGCUUCUUCCAUUAUCACUCACAUUACACAUUGGCCCAAAUAUCACACAAAGACAUCAAAAAGUUUUGGGGUAGCCACCCACAUAUUAUGUCCUGGCUGUAAAAGGCUGAAAAUAAAUCAAAGAUCUUUACCGAUCAAAGUCAACUACUGAACUGAUGAUGUGGAGGUAAGAUGGCGGCUUUAAAGUCCAGCGGAGGAAGUGACAUCAUCAGCAGCGCCAGGACCGCAAGUGACGUCAUCGGGACCUGAGGAGACACCUUUGCUGGUGCUGGAACAGAAAGUGAUGUCAUCAGAGGCUCCGGAACAUGCAGAGGCAUCCUGUGGAAGUAAAGCCAGUGCAUCCCCUCUUUCUUUAAGGGCUUCACAAAAGGAUAGUUGUGAGCAUUUGCUCAGAUGAAUUGUCAGGAUGCAGGAGAUGGAUUUAACUACCGAACUGGAAACGGUUAAGCCAGAGCUUGUCGAUGUCCUCUGCCAGGAAUCAGAUGUUGUCCUCUGGCAGAUCACGGGUCACUUGAACCAAGACGAACAAGCCAGAGUCAACAGGGUUGUCGAAAAGAGGAGCAGGCUGUCAUUAAUCCUGGACAUCAUUGCACAAAAGGACCGUAGAGCAUGGUCAUGUGUCAUCCAGACUCUCUGUAUGGCUUGCCAGUUCUUGCCAAUGCAGCUGGAGACUCGAUUGAUGUCUGCAGCUGGUGAAGGAAGCUCUUUUGAUGACACCACUGAUCCAUUACAAGAGUUUUCUAGGCGACGACCUGCUGGAGAUUCUCUGUUUGACGAUUCAACUACAAUAAAGCGACCCAGGACAGACCUUUCUGAAAUUUACAAGUCUUCUCUGAUGAGCAUGCUGCUGCAACGACAUGAAGAAAUGAACACUGGGAUAUUAAAACCUACUUCACUUGACCAUAUUCCUAUAAACUUGAUGAGUAAGAAUAUGUGGAAAGAGCGAAUGGACAAGACUCGCAGAAAUCUCAGGGGUUUACAGAGCUGCAAAAGUGAAAUGGCCAGAUGUGUCAAAGUGCUUGAGUUGCUUGAACCAAGUAACACCUCUGAAUCCAGAGUUAUUGUACUUUUAGGAAAAGCAGGAACUGGCAAAACCAUGCUGAUGCAGCACAUUACCUACCAAUGGGCAAAGGGAGCACUUCCUGACUUGAGUCUUAUCUACUUGUUUGAGUUCCGUCAGCUUAAUUUAAUAAAGAAGAAAUUGACCCUCAGACAGCUGUUGUUUAAUUUCUUCCAUAAGCCAGAAGAAGAUGAAGAUCUCGUAUUUGAAUUCAUCUCCACAAAUCCACAGAAGUUGUGCAUUAUAUUUGAUGGCUAUGAUGAGUUUGCUGGGAAAAUUGACUUGCUGGGAACCCACACUUAUAGUAUGGAGAAACCUGUCUCUGUCAUUGAGCUUUUUUCCGCUCUGUACACAGGAAAACUUCUGAAUGGUUGUACUCUGCUGGUCACAUGCAGGCCCAAGGAUGUCCUAGACCUACCUCUCCAUGCUGUUGAUCAAGUGGGAGAAGUUUUAGGGUUUGAUCACAGGCAAGUAGAAGAGUUUGCAAGGAACUUUUUUAAUGACUGCAGCUACAAGGAGCAAGCUCUCAGACACCUCAUGGAAGACCCAAAUAUUCUGAACAUGUGCUAUGUUCCAGCCUUGUGCUUUGUCUGUUGCAUGUGCCUGGACCACUCACUUUCUCAAGGGUGUGGGAAGUCACAACUGCCCAACACCAUGACUCAGGUUUAUAUUAAAAUGCUCUUGGCAUUCCUUAGCAAGAAGCAAGCGAUAUCAGGUCCCAAGUGUUCGAAAACAUUACUGCAGAAGUACAGGCAAGAGAUUAAUGAACUCAGCGAGCUGGCCAUGAGGGGUCUGGAUCAGAGCAAUAUUGUCUUCUAUGCCCACGAUGUUUCAAAUUCUGUCAUUAAGUUUUUUUCUGAAAAUGCAUUUCUCAGUGUCUUUGAAGUGAAAAAUGAGGACAGAGUGAAAAAUGUUGGCUGUGCCUUCAUUCACUUGACCAUGCAGGAGUUUUUUGCUGCCUUACAUCUGAUCACAAGUGACAGCAUCAACGAGACUGAGCUGCGGAAGAGUUUCAACCUGAAAUCAAAGUGGAUUUCAAAAAAUGAUCGUAAAACUGUGUUCACUGACAUGUUCCACAUUUUUGUUUCGGGUCUCUCGUCGAAAGAAUGUACCUCACUUCUGUCCACUCUGGCGAGACAUAAUGAGUCAUGGGUUGAAAAGCGACAAAGGGUUAUCCUGCACAUGUUAACAAAAUUAGGCACCAGUAAUUUGUCAGGUCCAAAAAUCAUCGAGUUGUGCCAUUGUGCUCAUGAAACCCAAGACCCUCAGCUAGCUGAGCUGAUUGGAGCUCAUCAAAAAUAUGAAUUUCGGAAUUUCAGACUGACACCUGUGGAUAUGAAUGCUUUAGUUUACAUCCUGAAACACAGCAGAAGAGAUGUUUGUCUUGAUAUUGCAGGCUGCUCAAUAGAAGUGGAGGGACUGGAUGUUCUCCCUCGCUGUAGCGCUAUCCAAGGACUUGUCUUCCGCAGCCGAAAAUACAAUAAUACAUUUGCUGAAGCCCUUGCUGCUGUUCUGCCUAAAAUUGAAUUUCUUCAGAUAUUUGAGUUUGUUGGUGGAAAUAUAAAUGACACUGGAGUGGCUAACCUGGCUAGAGCUCUUCAAGACUGUCCACACCUCAAAGAGAUUAAUUUUAAUGACAAUUCACUCACAGAUCAAGGGAUUGCUGAAGUGACAAAUGUAUUCCACAAAGUGACCAGUCUCAGAAAAGUAAAUUUAAAUAACAACAUUGCUUCACUGGAUGGAGUUUUUACCCUUAUAAACUCAAUGUGCUUGUGCAACAGCAUUGAAGAAAUAAAAAUUGACGGGAACAGAAGAGCGGAGGUGUAUUUUUCAAACAGAGCUGGACACCUUAUGAAGAGUGCUGUUAACACGAGCAGUGCAAGCUGCAACAGAAGGAACAGGAAGAUCAGAAUCUCAAGUUGGAGAAUGACACCCAGAGAUAUGGAAAAUCUUUGCAAGAUUUUAGGAAGAUGUCCUGGUCUUUCUGAAGUUGACUUAUCUAGUAAUGAGUUGAAUGAUGAAGAAUGCAAGACAUUGGUUGAAAUGCUGCCUGAACUCCAAAUUUCAAAACAGAUUAUACUGAACAAUAAUCAGGUGUCUAGUACUGGAUCAUGCUACCUGUCCCACGCCCUGGCCAGCUGCUCAAAUGUCACUGAAGUAUGGCUACAGUCAGAGAACAUUGUCAUACGAUUUUUGGAGCAACCGGUUGUGGAGCCUGAUGUCUGUAUAAGUGAUUCUACAGAUCCAGUCAAUAAACAUGUGCAAGAACCAACACUCUUCUUUACAAAAAAGCUGAGGCUCAUUAACUGUCAGAUCCAAGUCACACAGCUGAGUGAGCUUUUUGAAACAGUCAAGCAAUGCUUUCAUCUAGAAGAACUGGACUUAUCCCAAAAUGCACUGGGGGACAGAGGUCUGAAGAUUGUUGCCCAAGUCUUACCAGAACUGCAGGAUGUAGUACAUAUAAAUUUAAGUGGGAACAGUGUCACAAUAGCUGGUAUCCUUUACCUGACAGACUCCUUUAAAAAGUGCAAACAUAUCCACGAAGUCAACAUAAGCUCCGGGGGUGAAAAAAACUUAAUGAUGACAUUCAAUACCAGCAAAAGAAGAAAUGUUGACACAGGCAAACGACAGGAAAAUGGCUUGGGAUGCACUAAAGUAUUCAGGCUCAAAGAGACUGAUAUAAAGCAAGACGACAUGGACAAAUUAUGUAAAAGACUGGUGUGUUUUGAUGGAUUAUCAGAACUUGACUUUUCUGACAGCACAUUAAGUGAUGAAUCUGUUGGCAGACUCCUCAACUGCUUAUCCCGCCUUUCAUCACUAAAUCUACUGAACAUAAGUAACUGUGGCAUUUCACCAGAAGGAGCUCUACUGCUGCUAAAGUCAAUAAUAUGCUGGAACAGAGUAACGGCCAUUGCACUCAGGCCCAGAGGUAAAGCCUUCAUAAAAUUUGUCAAAAUGAAAGCUGCACAUACAACAUGCAAGUUUAAUGAAUAUACUCUUGAUAAGAAAAUGAUAGAAAAGCUGUCACGGAUACUCAAGCAAUGUCUACGCCUCACUUACCUGGAUUUAUCCAGCAAUUUUCUAAAAGAUGAAGGAGUUGCUUGUUUCCUGCAGUUCGUUCCUGGACUUCGAGUAAUGAAUGAAAUCAGUCUUAAUGAUAACCAACUUUCUCAGGCUGGAGUUCUGCAUUUGGUUGAGACAAUGACUACUUGCAGUCGAAUGUCGGAGGCUGACGUUUGUUUGGGCUCAAAUGAGAGAUGCCUCAUACGUUUUAUUUGGGAAGAAGAGAAAGCUGAGACACUCAGGCUUGAAUCUGAGAGGACAGCAGAACCACAGGGAAAGUCCAGGAGCCCAUCAAGAAGGAGAGCAUCACACACCAGCUGCCAUGCUUCUCAGUCAGUAAGAUUGAAGGAAUGCAGCUUCACGUUGAGAAAUCUUGAAUUACUAGCUUCAAAACUCCAGAAGUGCCUGAACUUAACCCAGCUUGAGUUAUCCUUCAACACAAUUCCAAGUGGAGGACUACAAGCCCUUGUGGAAACAUUAGCUGGUCUGAAAUCCCUUAAGAAGUUAAUAUUGAGAGAUAAUGGCAUAACGGCUGUGGAGAUCAGAAGUCUCAUAAAAGAGCUCGGCAUCGCCCAUGAAGUGCUAAAUGUAAGAAUCGAAGAGCCAUGGGUUCAUGGCGAAGAUGCAGUCAUGCUAGUAUCAGAAUGCAUUUCUACAAAUGUUGCAAUAACAGAAAUAAGGGUUGAAAAAAACACAAUUUACAUUAGUCUUGGCAACCAUAGCCUUUCCAGUGGGAAUUCACAUUUCAUGCCCAUCAGUGAUAAAGAGGAGCUUCCUGGUGAAUUUACCAUCAAAUAUCCUGUUGAAUCAAUCAGCUUUAUCAGGUGUGGUCUGGUUGAUCAGCACAUCCAUCUUCUCAAAUCCCUUGUUGAACAAUGCUGCGAGUUGCAAGGAUUAGAUUUGUCGAAUAACACCAUUGAAAGUAGGGGAGCACGGAUCUUGAUUGAACUUCUGCCUUCUUUAGAAAAAUUGAGGAGACUCAGUUUGGAGUCGAUGCGGGCAGGUGCGACUGAACUUGUGCAGCUGGCCAGGAGCCUAUCUAAGCUGCAGAACAUCGAGAGCUUAAGUUUUUCACACAAUAAGAUGGAAGAUGAAGCAACAGCAGCACUGGCAAAUAUUUUACCCUUGAUGCCCAAGCUGAAACAAAUCAAUUUCUCUUGCUGCAGUUCUCUCACUCCAGUUGGAGGUCUAAAUCUGAUUCAGGGACUUUCCAGUUGCACUUCCUUAGAAGACGUAAACUUGGACUCCAUUCCACUUAACAGUCAAGGCAUUGGACACCUGGCUAAAGGACUGUCUGCUAUGUCACUUGCAAGGAGGUUAAUCUUGAACAACAUCAGCACCAGCGUAGAGGACAGCGUGCAACUGCUAGACUCAUUAAAAUCGUGCACCAUAUUGGAAGAAAUCAGCUUGAGUAACAAUCGGAUUGGGGAUAUUGGAGUGUUGAAACUUGUUGAACAUAUUCCAAACUGGCAGAAGCUCAAAAAAAUCAAUCUGUCACAGAACAGCAUUGGGAAAACUGGAGGCGAGUGCUUAGCCAAGACUUUGACAAACUGCAAGUUUAUCGAAGAAAUCAGUUUAGGAAAUAACAACUUUGGGGAUGAGGCUACAGCAACGUGGGCAGAUGUUUUGUCCAAAAUGUCACAGCUGAGAGUUCUAAGUCUCCAGUCAAACAAAAUCAGCUCAGAAGGUUGUAUACGACUGGCUGAGGUUCUCCCUUUAUGUCCGCACCUGGAGGAAGUGAGCUUAUCCGAAAAUGAGCUUGGAAGUCAAGGUGCACUGAAAUUGUCUCAAGCCUUGAGUCUCAUGAAGUCUUUGAAGAGACUAGAUCUGAAGCUGAUAAAUAUUGAAAACAAGGACUCGGUCCAUCUUGCUGCUGGCCUUGGACACUGCCUGACCAUUGAAGAGGUUAAUUUGUCCUGGAAUGGCAUUGGUGAUGAGGUGGCAGAGAAGCUGGCUGAGGUUCUUCCUAGAAUGAAGAACUUAAAAAAAUUGGACUUAGAGUGCAAUAAAAUCACAGAGAUGGGAACAACCAAAUUAGCUGAAGUGUUAAAGAACUGCUCAACAAUUAAAGUAAUUAGAUUAUGGAAGAACCAGAUGUCAAAUGAAAUGGCCAAAGCCUUGCAAAAUAAAGAUCCAAGGCUCAACUUCUCUUCUGUUAUUGUGUGAAUGUGACCAAAUGGAUCUCUAAAUGUCAGCAGACUCUUCAUGCUUCGGACUGCAGUUCCAAAUCUGACUCAUUGAGAUUUCAUUUUGCAACUCAAAAGGUGUUGCCAGCUGCUAAGCACUUUAGAAAAAACUUUCUGCACGGGUAUUGUGUGCAGUGUGUUGAUGAACAGCCCUGACUGCUUUCAGGCAAAUGUGUUAAUUGUGCAAGAUGUGAGAUGAGUAUGCACGUUAUAAUAGGUCUGUCUGUACAUGAGGGUGUUUUUGGGGUAGUCAUUAUAUAUUCACACUGAAUAACUUUACAUUUUUCAACGGUAGAGUUUGUGACUAAAUAUGGUUUCUAUCAGUGUGGUUAUCAGUGUGAAUAUGUUCUUUGGGUAUGAAGAAUUCCAUUCUCUUUUCCUUUGAUAUUAACCAUCAAUACCAAAGUAGAAUCACACUCUAUUGUCAGUUGAAACAAGAGAGAAACUCUGUCCCAAAGGAAACUGUAUACAACGCAGGUUCUUUAAAAGGUUAAUGGUAAAAUAUUUAACCAUAAUGUGAGCACAUUCCUUAUUUUGCGCCCUUAUUAGCACCGCGAUUUGAAAAUUGUGAACCACCAGCAGCACUCAGUAAGAUGAGCCCUAGGUGGUCCUGUAGGUGGUAAUUUACUGGAGCUGAUGAGCACUAUUAUGGAAAAUUCCCUUAAAAUGUCAAACAAACUUCUGUUUAUAGGACUAGUAGUGCUAAAUGUUUGUCCUCCUUCAAAAAUAUCAAUUUUUCACUUUAAAUGCACCUUGAAUCAACAAAGCAGCUUUGGUUUUGGCUUCCUGCAGUGCUGUUCGCAUAAUUUCAUUCAAAAAAUGAAUAGAUGGCCAAUAUUAUCUUACAGGCUAGUUUCAGACUUAGAACAAGGCUUAAAGCCAAAGAUCUGUGAGUAGAAUUUGCAUAAGAAUGACAGCACUACAUUACAAACUACAGAUAGUUGCCUGAUUUUAGAGCUAAAAAUUUUGAGGUUCAUGUUGGCAUAACAAAAAUACAUCAUGCACACAUACGCACUGCAGGAACUGAGCAGAUUCUUACUUUGACUCACUGCUGCUGGGCUAGAGCUCCCAAGAAGGGAAGAGGCAGACCUAGAAAAUGAGUGCAUGGACGGUAUGCCCUGCGCAUGCCAGUUAAAAAUGAGGAUACUUUAACAUUUUGCCUGUCUUUGUGGCAUUAGAACUUAAUAUUAUGCUCUCUAAUGCUAUCAGAGCGGAUCAUGAACAAAAAGAAUUAGCAUUCACGUCUAGCAUGACUUUAUAUGGUAUGUGUGAUAUUUCAUGUUUACAUUUAUUAUUGUAAGAACAUAUGUCUGCGUAAAGUUGAGAGGAAUGCUGUUGUUUUUAAGAUGUUUAUUUAAAGAAAUUAACAUUUCUAAAUUAUUUGUUUCUAGUUUAUUUGUACCCAGUGUGGGUUUUUGUUUUGUUAUAUUUAAGCUUAAUGGCAAAAUACCAAAAAGAUGCACUUGUUUUAAGUUGUAUGUUAAUUUAGACAAAAAUGAAAGUACUUAACAUAAGUAGGAAUUUUGGAUAUUCUGCUUUCAAUUUGCCUGUUUUUUCAUAUUUUUGCAGUUUAAAAAAAUCAUUUUUUCUUUGAGUUCCUCAACAUAUAACAGCUGAUUGGUUAUUAGUUGCCAUGUUAAGGUGUUAAGGGAAAUUACAUUGUACACAACAUUAUAAAGCAGUUUGAGGUGCAGCUAUACUUCUUAAGGAUCUAAGGAUCACCUGAUGCAGGUGAAUUGUCUCAAAAGCAGCAAUAUUUAGCACUGAAUUGGCUUGGGCUGCCAAAGGAGCUGGGCCUAGAAUUUUUUAUUUUUACUUGCAGGCUUUACUCAGGAAGCGUGUGGCUGUUGACAGUCGUAUGAUUGUAGCAGCUGAUGACAAGAAAAUGUUACAUAAAAAAAUCCCCUAAAGUUUGGGUGAAAUGGAAUGUAACUGAGGUUCAAUAGACCUUUUAAUAUAUUACAUCUGACUUGGAUGGUCACAGAUGGUGCUGCCACUGAAGAGGGAAAACAAGGAAUUUUAAAAAUGAUGAAGCUCAUUCUUUAACUUCCUCUCACCCAUGAAACUGGCAAAUAACAAUGGUGUCUCAGUAUCUUCUAGCUAGCUUUGUAAAAGUUAUUAAGAAGUUUAUUUAAGCUAGGCAUCAUUAUUUUAUCCAAGACUCUCAUAACCCUUUAUAUCCAAAAAUGUUUUUCAGUUAUGCACAUCUUCUAUUCACUUCCUCGAAAGUUUCACCGAUGUCCUUAAUUCUGUUAUUUAAUAUUUCAAUUUCAAUAAUUCUGCUAGAUGAAUUUUAUUGAUGUCUUUGCCAAUUUGGAUUCAAAUCCCUGUGCCACUCAAAUACGGAAAUGCCUUUGAGCUCAUACUUAUCUUUUCUUCACAGCUUCUAUAUUGUUAAUGAAAACAUUGCAGUAUACUACAUACUAGUGCACUGUAAAAAUGUGAAAGUAAAUUUACAGUAAAUCACUGCCUAUUAAUUGCAUUAGUUUCACAGCAUGAUUCUAUUGUGUCGUUUGCUGUAUAUUUAAAAAAAAAGUGCAAUUCUAUACAAUGGCUUGUGUGAUGUUGAAGUAGGCUGGUGUUGAGUUACAGUAAUAUCCUCCAUUUUUACAUGUUAACUGUAAUAGUGGCCAGUAAUUUACUGUAAAUUUACUAAAAACAUUUUAGUUAGAAGAUAUUGUCAAAUAAAACUACUCUAUAACCUAACAGUUAAAUGACUAACAUUUCAGCUACCAUGCAUUUUACCAUCAGAGAUAUUUUAAGUAUAUUUUAUUCCAAAAUUCAAACCUGUAUAGAUCAUCAUUUGUAUUCACAGAUACUAUUUCAAUGUUUAUUGGACAUAGUUUGUGCUGUUUGGUGGAAAAGGAAGGGUUGCUCUCAUGAUGCGAGUUGUGUACAGGUUCAAAGGUUUAUUGAAAAAAAAAAAAAAAUCUGAUUCCUUGUCCACAAAAAAAACUAGUAGGCACAGAAAAAAUUAUUUGCUAGCCAUCUUUAAGUUUUUGUUUCUCACAGUGCAAAAGUGUGGGAGGCAUCAGGAGCAAUUUAUAGUGUUGCUGCAAAGGGGGCGUUCCUUAUGCAAAUGCACUGACUUUAUGCAAAUUCUCUGAGCCAUUGUGACUUUACAGUACUUCUUAAGAAUAGUCUUGCGCUUUGAAACAGUUAAUUGCUAUUUGAAUCUAAAACACUGCUUAACUGUAAACGUCUGUGCAUUUAUCUAUUCAAAAUCAUUGUUUUAACCAUUUAUAUGUAUUACAGUUUUUUGAGUGUUAAAAUACAAAGUUCAUGAAAGGCAUUUUGCAAGAUUUUUCUAGAAUGUAUUCACCUGUUUUCCCCAAACUUUACAUCGUGUUGUGCUCUGAAGGUCCCUAAAGUCUUUCUCCUGUCCGCCUCACUAUUUGGUCACUUAUUCCUUGUGCCGGUGGAUCACUGGGUGAGUUAAAGCUUUCUGAUAUUUGUACAACAUCACACAGGUGCCCAUCAGUGUUCCUGUAGCAAAGAUUUCACUUUUAACUGCCAUCAUACCACACAUAAAAGUGAAACAGUAUGAAAAUGAACAAACUAAAAUGUCCCACAAUGCAACGUCGACCACUCCAAAUGCAAUUCUUUUGUCUCAUGAGAGAAGAUGUUUUGCCCUGCUGUGAUUACACACGACAUUUUUCAAUACAGUAUUUUAUUGUAAAAAAAAAAAAAAUCCA